AUGCUUCGAACUCUGGCUACCAAACCUGAGACAAGCCAUGCCGCACGCGACUACGAAGCAGGAGAUACUGACGUGCCGCAGUACAUGCCACCAUACGACGAUGACGAUUCAGACUUUGAAGAGGAUGUGUACUCCAAUGUACAGCUAGGUUUAGCGGAUGGGCCGCUGGAAGAAGACGAUGAGUCGAAUCCCCUCGUAUCGAGGAUCGGCGGACGUCCUGCAUGGCUUCCGCUGCAGCCAUCCAAGCUUCCUCCUGCGUCAGAGGUGCAGUGUGCCUACUGCAAGGAACCCAUGCAGCUUCUUAUUCAGAUCUUUGCGCCGCUCGAGGACUCGGCUUAUGAUCGAAACCUCUUUGUUUGGGGCUGUGCGCGGCCUCAGUGCCAAAGAAAAGGAAAUGGAUGCAUCAAAGCAGUGCGUAUGCUGAAGCACAAUGCGCGGUGGGCAGCAAAACUUGCUAAGCGUGAGGCACAAAAGCGAGCUCGUGAAGAGCGCGUCAGGGCAGAGAAAGAGGCGGAAGAGGAGCGCUUGCGAAAGGAGCGCGAGACGAAUCCAUUCUCGAUGAAGAACUCUGGCGGCUCGAACCUCUUUGGCGCAUCGCUCUUCGAUGAACCGGCUGCGCCGGAAAAGCAAGAUGCAGAUGCUGUGCAGGAUGAAGACGACGAUGAUGACGACGAUGACGAUUACAAUGAAGAGGAACGACUGGCAGAGGAAAUGACGAUCAAGGCAUCGCUGGACGAGCAACACAAGCAGCUCCAAGACCACUGGGCUCACUCGGCGUCGCAUUACACGGCGCCUCUAUACCUCAAUACCAUUCCUGAGCCGGAGCCGGAACCCAAAGCUGUGCCUGCUGCGCCGCAAAAGCUGCCGUCCCAUGUGUCGUCGCUGGGAUCGGGCGACACCGAAGAAUACGAAAAGAUGGUUAUCGAAGGGAUGGACCAUGUGUUUGAGCGCUUCACUCGUCGUCUGGGCUCGGAGGCCCGGCAAGUUGUUCGAUACGAAUAUGGAGGUGCGCCGCUGGCCUUUACAGGCGCCGGUGCGCUGUUCCAGCAGUUAUGGCCCAAUGGCGUGCACGGUGACUAUGACGCAUCGGCUGUGCCCCCAUGCCCCCAAUGUGGUGCACCGCGUGUCUUUGAGCUGCAGCUCAUGCCGAACUUGGCCAAUCUGCUCCGUGUGGAGCAUUUGAGCGAUCUGACGCACGAUGAUGGCCGCCAGGACGCUGAGGCGCGGCGUCAAGCGGAAGUCGCGUCGGUGUUAGGACUGAAAAACAACGCCAGCUUAUCUGAUAUGCGCACUGGCAUUGCCUGGAGUACGGCCAUGAUUUUCGUGUGCAGCCGUGACUGCUGCCUGGACGCUACCGAGGGGUAUGCCGUAGAAUGGGUCGGCCUGCAGCAUGAGUCGACCGACUUGUAG